CGGAGACGGAGGAGUGGUCAGCGCCAGCGGGGGCACGUGGGCGCCAUGGGGAGCCUCUAGCUGGGACGCAGCCCUCAGCCGGGCAGCGGAGGCAUGCCGCCUGCCCGGGGGGAGAAGCUACCGGCGCCACCCGACUCGCUGCCGAGGAGGAAGUCUCCCCGCCUGCCUCCCUGCUUCCUAUCUCCCUCUCUCCCUCCGCCCCAGCGGCCGGGAGCGCUCAGCGCGCCGCCGGCGGCCCGGAGCCUGCCCGAGCCCGCUCGCAACAGCGCUGCCGCAAAGCGCGACGACCCGCGGCGAGCACACGAGCGCGGCAGCCAGCCGCCCUUUAUUGUGGCGGUGGCCCCGCCGCCCCUUCGGCCAAGCGUGGGAGGGGAAGUGGGGCGCGCGCCGCGAUCGGCCGGGCCCCCGGGGCCCAGUGGGCCCCCGUCCGCCCCGAGCAGACCCUGCGCGCAGAGCCCGGAAUCAUCCUCGCCCGGUGUCGCGUUCCGUCUCUGCGGGCCGCUGGGCGCGGGCGCUGCCGCGGGCCCUUCGCGUUGGUGGUGUGCGGAGGCCUCGUCGCCGCCGCGGCGGGCGGGCGCGCCGCCCGCCCUCUGUUGCGCGCUCCCUCCCGCCCACCACAGCAGCACGGUGCUCCGGCGGGGGCGACCGCCCCGGGGGGGAGGAGGCAAAGGCCGCCAUCGAUUGGACGGCCGGGCGAUUGCAGGGGCUGCGGCCGGGCCCGGUGGCGCGCGGACGCUGCGCAGCGGCGGCCCAGAAAAGGGCGGCCUCGGGCGGGCGGGACUGCUGCGCUUUCUCUCCCGGCGCCGUCGCCGGGCGGUGAGGAGUAUCCGGCCGGAACCGGCUCUGAUAGGUGCGUGUGGGGACCGGAGACUGCCCCACGCUGCUGUCUGCUUGGAAGGCGUCAGCGGGGCGCGGUAGGUGCAGGCUGCUGACGGUAUAGGGGCAAACUCCCUCCGCCUGCCGGUUUAUGCCAAAAACCCCAGAAAUGUCGGUAAACGCCUUAAUUUGCCACGGGAAUGACGGUUUGUUGCCUUGUUGUUAGAUAAGCAUUAUGCGAGCUAGGCCGUUUGCAUGAGAAGACACCAGGAGUGCAACUAAAGGUUUCUCUUGAAGUAAUGAGAAUGUCCCUGUACAUGGGUGCAUGCGUCUCUGCAUUGAGCUAAACAGCUGUGUUUGCCGAGCCAAUCCGGUUGGGUUUAGUUUUCAGGAAGGAAAAAUCACUAUUUAGCGAAAUUUACUACCUAGAGGGAUGCACUUGCUGUCAUCAUCAGAACAACAACAAUUUUAUGAGAUCUAAAUGCAGACAGAGAAUUCAUUUCAUUUUGCAUAUCGCAGUAGUGCCACUUUCUCCUAUGCAAUUCUGUGAGUGGGAAAGGUUUCCGCAAAUCAUGCCUUUUCAAGGAUUACCCUGCUGUGCCAGCCUUUUCCCUCACUCCUUCAUGUCAUUUGAUUGAGGUUUUCAUCUAGUGUGGGGAAAGGUGGCCUUGACUCCCCAAAGGGCUAGCACCUUUGGGACUUGUAGCCUACUGCUGACAUGAUUCAUGUGUCUCAGCAAUUAUAUAAGGCCAUUCAAAGCCUUUCUCAAUUUGUUUGCUUAAACUCUACAGAGCUAACCCCUCAUGUCUCCAGCCCGGAAUCAGGAAACAACCUCAACAACUCCUCUCGUGUGAUCCUGUGGAACACAGGGGUCUGAAGUACUUUCCUGUCAUAUCUUCUGCUUCACCUUUACGAGGUGUCUGCACCUCUUUCAGAUUGCUGCUAUAGGGCAAGCAUAUGCAGCCUGUAUGAAGCUCCUGGCAGUACACAGAUGGCAGAAAGAAAUGAACAGAGCCACUAUUGGCUUUAUGAUGAUUCAUUUUUCACUCACUUCCUGGGGGGAAGUCGCUUUAAAACUGCUCCCAUACUGAAGAUAUUACAUAAGACAGCAUUGUGGCACAGACUUCCUUUUUUGUGAGCCCUCCAAAACUUUGCAGAUUUAAAUACUGGAAGAUUUUAUACUACAGGAAAAGGUGUGAAAACGGCAUCAGUCCUUCAACUAAGACAAUAUUUCUAACUUUUUUUGCACCUAGAUUGUCUUCCAGAAAUAAGCAAAGAAAAGAUAUUUCUGCAGCAUGAAACUACUUCAGCUAUUAAUCUAACAUGCACUCCAGACUACAGGCUAUCCGGAAGUUCAGGAAGGCUGUUUCUGUGCAGUAUGGGUCAGCAGUCUUGCAGACAUGUAACCUGACAGUUCUGGUGCAUUGCACUUCAUUUACUUCUGGAGCUGAGGAGUUCCAUUUUCCUGUUGGUUCUAAAUCUAAAUCAGCUCUUUUCAAGAUAAUAUCAUUACAAGAGCUAGAUCCAGGGUUUUUUUCCAAGUGUCUUUUAACUCGAGUUGGACAAGAAAAUGUGAUACCUUUAGCCUGAUACCUUAUUAGGGUUAUUUACCAUAUUUGGAAAAUAGACAAGCUUUUGGCAGUCUACAGAAAGCCUUCUUCAGGUCUGCUUAAGGUCUUCAGGUACUUAAGAUUUUCUUUCUUUAAGGUUUAAAACAACUGGUAUCUUAACUCAUUUUUCCAAACAGACACAUACUGAUGGAUGGCCAGAGUUAAACUCAUUGAUAACUUUACAUCAAACAGAUCCAGGGAAAAGUUGUAACAAGUGAUUUAUACUUUUAUUCUGUUUUAAAGUUUACAAACUUGAAACACUGCAAUGAUCAGAAAGCUACUGCACUCAGUAUUGUAAACUUCUUUUCACUUCAGGUGAAUUCAGGCCUCAGUGGUUUGAGUCAGAACAAUCACUACAAGAACAUCUGACACUGAUGCAAGCUCUUCUGCAGACCAGGAUUGCCUGUUUCUUCCAACCUUGUAACUAAUUCUGCCUAAAAACUAACACAAAAUUUGAGUCCAGAUUUCCAUAUCUUCAAAUGGUCUGCCAGAAUCAGUCAUAUGGUAUGAUUCUCAGCGAUCUUACUGUGGCCCAGUGUUGAAAACAGUCAGAUAUAUUGUUUUGUUAAAAAUUGAACAAGUUAAACCUCCACUGUGCCCAAGGGAUCUCUUAAAAACUGAUAACAGCUGAAGUGGUGUUUAAGGCUUUGUGUAAACUAGACUUUGCAAUGGGAUGAUUUUUACCCUGAAUCCUUCAUUAUCUCUGUUUUGUCCCCCUCAGUGCUGCUGAAGUACCUGAUUAUGAGAAGGACAUACAGAAAAGAUCUACUGCAAGUAAGACUGACAAGAUGGUAGUUAGUUGAAAAAACUAAUUCAGCAGGGAGUUGUGUCAGAUUUUUUAAAAGGAUGCCUCUCUCAACAGAAAGAUGAUAUGCAUAUUUUAAAAGUGUUUUCUUUACUCCACAGGUAAAUAAACAUGUUCACCUGCAAAUUUCUUGUAGAGAAAAUGCACAUCCAGCUUCCUGCAGACAUUAAUUUGUCUUUUAAGUAGUUGAGAAAGACAUGUGAAAUCAACAGGACUUAAAAAUCUCAUGGUUGAGUGCAACAGUACAGGUGGCGUACAAGAUAUUUCCACUGGCACUACAUGGCUGCUGCAUUUUCCCCGUCUGCAGCAGUCUGCUGCUUAUUGCAGGGGUAGCCUAAGUUGCCAUUUAUGAGUUGGAGGCCAGUCCUGCUAGAUGUUAACUUUCUCCUGUGGGAGUCACUGGACACAGGACUUCUGCAAGAGUCCCUGGCUUAGCAUCUGGCUAAGGACUGGAUCUACUGGGACUAGAGUGAAUCUGUUGUUGAAGCCACCACUGGGACAUUGCUAACCUCAUUGAAGAAUUAGAAAUGCAAAAGGCAGAAGAUGGGACACAUCUCUCAGGAAACAAACAUUAGUGUUUGUAAUACAUGAAAAUAUAUUCAGGUCCUCUAUUCCUGCAUUAAAAUAAUGUUUUCCUAAGACUGUACACAGAGAUCCUAGAGCUUUAAGAUGGACCCUCUGGUUUCUUCUUCGUACUCCAUCCCAGCACUUACUUGCUUUGAAGUUGCACUGUUGGUGGGCUCCCAGUUCUCAAAUAGUCAUUUCUAUACUCUGCUGUAGCUUCCAUUUGAGUUGCUGUGAGAGACUGAAUUGUUAUCUUAAGCUGUUUGUCUCAAAGAUUGUUUGUUAUGAGAGACUGGACUAUCAUCUCAAGCCAUUGUUUCCUGUGACGAGCCACUUAUCCCAGAGAUGGAUUGUUUAAGCAGGGCACUCCUCUGUCCAAAAGGACAAUUACCAGGCCACUGAGGCAUCCAGGGGAGGAGACAGGCCGGAGCCAGCGAAGAAUGUGGAGACUACCAUUCUCAUGGAAACUGUAGUCUUUGAGAUAAGAUGCUGGUUUCUGGUGUUGAUCACACGAAGGUCGGUCGUGUGAUAGACAGAAUCUGCAGUGCGUGAACAGUGCAUGAACAGUACGUAUGUGCAUGCAUUGUUGGACUAUGCCCUAUAAAAAACUGUGGAGACAAGCCAUGGUGUGCACCCAUCACCGAAGAAUUGAAGACUGAGGACCAACGGGACGCUGCUGGAUCCAUGGUGGUGACUAUCCUUGCAACUCUGUCCCGACUGCUUGCUUGAUUUCUGCCUUUUCUUCCAUUCUAUCCUAUCGCUACUAUUUUCUACUUUUGAUAAUAAAAGCUCUUUUGGGUGUACAGCA